AAGGUACACUUAGUAUAUCAUUUUGGCCUAUAAAAAUCAUAAAAAAUGAAGCAGCAGCUAAACUGUCAACAUCCCCCGAAGUUAAUUUUGGACAACCCCCGUGCUUGAAACAUGCAUGGGAAAUGGCGCCAAAACGUCACAUAUCCAAAUUAUAAAUUCCAAACUUAACCCGGAUUUCACUUUUUGGCAAAAAACUACGAAUUUACACACUCGUAUGUAAAUAUUUUGAUAUGUGCACAGGCAACGCGAUAGAUAAUACUUGUAUAUGUCAAAGCUAUUGCAAUGACAAGUCGAAAAAAACAUAUUUCGUAAAUCGCGUUCGCUGUGCUCAUAGUGAAAUUUAAACUUUUGUCAUUUCCGGAACAAGUCCCAUGGCUUACAUUUUUAAUGAAAAUUCGCCAAAUUAUGUACCAUUGGAUCUACAAUCGCUGCAUUUCAAGUACAAAUGUAGCAGUAAUCCAAAUUUUAAAAAUAUAACGUUAUUUGAUUAAAUAAAUGCAAAAUCGUAAUCAUUGUAAUUCGGAAUUUUUAAUUUCGUUCGGCGGUUUCUGUCGUAGCGUACCAGACGACAAGUUCGACAAUCGCAAUGAAUAGAUUAAAUGAAUAAUGGUGCAGUGAUUGACGGAACUAUACGAUACGUAGACAUAUUCAACGCAACUGGUGUACCACUGUGGGAUUGUAUUAGAAAUCAGAUGUUCAUGUUUGUGGAACUUUGCCAGUGUUCAGAGGUCAAAUUAAGUUUAUUUCCAUAGUGAUGAUGAAGAAAUAGCAAUUAACAGAGAAUGCCUAAGUUCUACCCCUGCUUGCUGUGCUCCAAAAGAACAUCACAACAGGACAGAUACAGGAUAAAGAAGGAGCAUGCAGACUUCAUCAAGAGAAGACUCCGUAUGGAUAUUUCUGAUGACAGCAUGCUGUGUAGAAAAUGUCGUCACAUGUGUGAAACAAAAUCGACAAGGGAUUCUAUUUGCAACAGCCCUGAGCCAAACAAAAUACAGAAAACAUUAUCAAAGCAGAGUAUAAAGAGCCCUCCUUCAGUAACACUGUCCAUUCCAAGUACUUCUACAAGUCAUGCCAACUGUGUAAUAUGUAAAAAGCCAGGGCCAAAGCUUGUUGUUGUUCCUGAAAACACUCGUGUAAAUGUAUUCAUCCAAAAAGAAACAUUUGUUCCACCUGGUUCUAGAUGCUGUCCUAAACAUAUAUCUGAUGGAGAUCUCAACACUGAGGUAUUGCAUCUGUUGAAACAAACAAGUUCUGUCUCCAAUGUCAACAGGACCACCAUUGUUGGAGUUUUAAAACAAACGAGGGAGGUAGCAAUCCAAAAUCAGAACAAGAGACUGAAUUUUGAUGAUCCACAUGGAAUGGAAAAUGAAGAUUACUACAAUCUAACAGGUGUUACAAAGGAUCAGUUUGAUGAAUUGAUGACGUAUUUGGUGGAGACCAACUUAAGAUCAUCCAAGAACAGAAGUACUAGAACAUGUGUAGCAUUAUUGUUGACGAAACUUAGAUGUGGUUUAAGUAAUCAACUACUUGGAACCUUAUUUGGAAUGAAAAAAUGGCAGGUUAGACGUGCUGUUAUAUCUGCGAAAAAUGCUUUGAUGGAAGAUUUUGUGCCAAACCAUUUGGGGUUCUCUCACAUAUCAAGGGAGGAUGUCAUUAAUCACCAUACUCGUCCCCUUGCCAAAGAACUUCUAUGCAGCAUGUCAGAUAAUCCAGUCAUUCUUGUACUCGAUGGGACUUAUAUAUACCUCCAAAAAAGCGGAAACUUUUCUUUCUCACGUCGUUCCUACAGCACUCACAAACACCGGCCAUUAGUUAAACCUAUGAUGAUUGUAUCAACUUCUGGAUAUAUAAUUUCUGUAUUAGGUCCCUAUCUGGCAGAUUCCAAAAAUUCUGAUGCAAAGAUUUUAAGUCACAUGAUCCAGACAAAUGUAGAGGACAUUAGGAAAUGGGUAGAAGAAGACGAUAUUUUUAUUGUCGACAGAGGUUUCAGAGACGCAGAAGCUUUGCUAGAUGACUUGGGGAUACAUGUUGAAAUGCCAUCCUUUCUGACUCGUCAUUCAAAGCAACACUCAACAGAAGAAGCCAAUACAACCAGAUAUGUGACCAAGCUUAGAUGGGUUGUCGAGUCAGUGAAUGGCAGGCUCAAGACAUGGAAUUAUUUGAGCAGGACCAUCCCGAAUACACAGAUACCACAUAUUGGAGAUUAUGUCCGCAUAGUAAGUGCAAUCUGCAAUAAGUUUAGACCAGACUUGAGCACUGGAAUUGAGGAGGAAGAUGUUGCCAUGGCUGCAAAAAUGCGAUUUCUUGCAAACGGAGUGAAUGAGUUAAAGGAUUAUGUUGAGACAUGUGGUUUAGAGAAGCGGAGCAUGAGAUGGAAGAAGAUGGACUCCGAUGAUGUAGUCUUCCCUCAUUUGACAGAGGAGGAAAUACGCCAGUUAACCUUGGGUGUGUACCAAAUAAGAUUGGCAAAGUCAUAUGCAUAUGAACAUUUUAUGGAAGGAAGGUAUGAAAUUUUCAUCAGUGAUGACUUUGAUGGAAUCCUCUGUGCCAAGAUUCAAAGUAGACACAUUUCCGCAAAGAAAUACUUACUUUGGAUAAGACAUGAUGAUAUCAGUAUCAAAUCUUGGUUUUGCAAAUGUAAAGUUGGUACAAGAGUUGUGGGCAUGUGUGCUCAUAUUACCAGUGUGAUUUGGUUCUUGGGUCUUGCUCGUCAUGAGGAAAGUGGUGUCUGUGGUGUGCGCGAUUGGUGUAGUUCUGUUGAGGAUGCUGCUGCACUCCCAAUUGAUGAAUCAGAGAGUGAGGAAGAAAAUGAAGAAAGAUGUUCCAUAACAGAAGAGGAGUGAAUUUCAAAGUGACUCAUCAGUCAAUAAAUGCAUAAUAAUUUCAAACUUUUCAGAACUAUUGUCCAACAUUACAUGUAAUCUAUCUAUAGGCAAUUUCUAGUACAGGCAUUGUGAAUUGAAAUGAUCGGCCUUUCUGUUCUUUUUUGAUUGAUUUACAAUGUAUUGUUCUGUUAUUUAAAGUUUAUUGUCAAAAUUUAAUCAGUUUUUAAGUUUAAAUUAUGUACAGUAAAAAGGCAACUCCAGAUGAUAAUGAUAAAUGUACAAAACAUGUUUGAUAGGAGAAUUUUUCUGAAAUUUAGUGUAUAACAUUAUAUCUGUAAAAAUUUGUGAUGAUUACAAAGUACCUGAAUGUGUAGAUUGCUGUUCCCAGUUCAUACUUAAAUGCAAGUAUAUUGUUGAUUGAUUUAUUUCUACAAUUAUUUUGAUUGAAAUUUAAGAUCUUAAGCAAAUCAUUUCAUGACAGAGUUGCAAUAUCAAAUGAUUUAUUGUAUGAAUAUUGACAACCAUUACAUAAAACCAUAUAUGUGUAAAAUAAGGAUGUCAGAAUCACAUUGUCUAGAGGCGUAUUUAGUAAUGACAUGCUCUCUGAUUUCUAGCUGUAUAAAGUAUAAUGGACGUGCUUUUCAAUAGUUGAUACUGUAUGUAUACAAAAAAUAUUUUCAAACACUGUAUACAUUUUGUUCAUAAUUGUGUCUCAUUGUCUGGUAUUGAAGAAAUGCAAUAUUGGGAUCACCUCAUUUUCUGUUACCCCACUAUUUAUAUGCUUGUCUAUCUUUUAACUUGUGAAGUAUACUACUCUCAUUAAUACAUAGCUUAUCUUUACUAUAAAAUUAAAGAUAUUUUAGAGUUAAAUAUUUUCAAAACAAUUCAUAUCAAUAUUACCUAUUUUGGGGCAUUGUACCACUGUAUUUGAGAUCAAACUGUAAAAAUGAACAAUGUGUUAUACUUUGAAAAUAAUAUUUUAAUUAAACCUCCAUGGAGUCCAGAACACUAUCAAUUUAUUUUAGUUUUGUUUUAUUGUGAUUACAAUCAUUGCAUGUAAUAAUUUAAACCAAUACUUCACACCAGCUUUCAUUGAAUAUUAUUGACAAAUGUUAAGUAAUAGGAAAUUUUGUAUUUAAGUGCAUAAAGGUCAAAUAUGAUGUGUAUACAUACAAGUGUUUCUCUUUUUAAUUUAACAAUAAAUAUAUACCGGUAUAAGGUCUUUGAUACAAAUACAGAACUGUUCAUGGGAUACUUUUAUCAAUGCAAAUAUAAGCCAACUCGUCAAAUAAAGUACAUUGAUCUGUCCUAAGUUCUCUUGUAAAAUGCGCCAUGGAUUUGGUGAGGACUUCAGCAGACAUUAACAACUAAGGAAAUUGCAAUAUUUGCAAGCAAAUGUUAUAUAAUCAUACAAUGUAUAAAUAUUUAAAAAAAAACCCAUCUAUUUCAAGUUAUUAAAAGUCAAAGGAAUCAAUCUACAACUCUUGAUUAUGGUCCUUUUUUACCCCCCCCCCCCCCCCCACUUUGGACUGUGAAUAGUUAACUCCUUGGGUAGCCAAAUGAAAACAUGUACAGUUUUAUAUUGUAGUUAAAACUGCACAAUUGUGUAAUGUGCACCCAGGUAUCAAUUUAUUAAAAAGUUUUUGAUUUAAUUUAUUUCGUUGAAUAUUUGAGAAGAAAGCGAAUUUUAUUGCCAUUUAGGGCAUUAACGUUACAUAACGUCAUAAUUUUGCAUGUCAUCUUUCUUUCCGGGUAUCUCAAAAACUAUUAGUGAUACAAAGAUAAUAUUACUAUAUAUAGAAAGCCCAUGUCCUAGAGAGUAUUUGGACCAAAAUUUUUUAACCUCUGAAUAUAGGCCAAAUAUGACCCUAAGUGUACCUU